CCCCCCCAGCCGCCGCCGCCGCCCUUUGUCCGCCGCCGCCGCGGGCCCCGCCAUGGCGCCGCCGUGAUGCGCGGCGGGGCCGGGGGGGGGGAAGCGGGGCCGGGGGCAACCGGGAGCCUGAUGCCGGGGCCGCCGCCAUGGGGCAGGUCCUGGGCUUCGCCCACUGCAAAGAGGCUCCAUCCACGGCCUCCACCACGCCGGACUCCACGGAGGCCCCGAGGAGCCGGACUUCGCCGAGCUGCAGGCGGCACCGGAGCCCCCCGAGGAGGAAGAGGAGGAUGAAGAUGCAGAGGUGGCGUCGGGGGGGGCCGGGGCCCCCCCCGGGAACUCACUUUCUCCUACAUCGCCUUCUCCGGGGGGGGGGGCCCCCCCGGCGAGCCAGCUCCCCGAGGUCGUCGGGACCCCCGCCGGGGCCGCCCCCCCCGCCUGAAUCCCCCCCCCCCCGGGGGCCGGACCCCCGCGCUUCUGCUCGUGCCCCCCCCACGAAGUGCCCCGGGGGACCGGGGGGGCCGGGGGGGGGCCCUUCGGUGCUGGCAGACCCCGUGCCCAGGGAGCCCCCACCGAGCCUGGCAGCGCCCGUGGGGCCCCCCCCGCCGCCCGCUCUGCCCCCCCCGCCUGCAGGGGGAGCCCCUCGAGCCCCCCCGCUGGAGCCCCCCCCGGCCCCCCCCCAAAUCCCUGAGGGGCCCCCGCCCCCCCCCAACCAAUCGCCGAGCCCCACAGGAGCUGACGUCCUGGUGUGGGAGCUGCUGUACUGGCGCGCCCCGGGGCGCUCGGCGCUGGCGCUGGCAGGGACGCUGGGCACCCUUGGGUGCUUGGCGCGCUUCAGCGCCGUCAGCGUGGGCGCCUACGGGGCGCUGGCGGUGCUGGGGGUCACCCUCCCCCUGCGCCUGCACCAGGUGGCCCUAAGGGCGCUGCGCCGCGGCCCCCCCACCCCCGAGCAGCCCAGCCGGGGGCCGGGGGACGCGGUGGGGCUGAGCCCCGAGCAGCAGCAGCGCUGGGCCCGGCGCCUGGGCCGGCACCUGGCGGCCGCCACCCGCACCCUCACCCGCCUCUUCCUCGUCCACAGCAUCCCCGAGUCCCUCAAGUUCGCCUUCCUCUUCUACCUGCUCACCUACGUGGGGGCCGUCUUCAACGGGGUGACGCUGCUCGGAGUGGGCGUCAUCUGCGCGUUCACCUUCCCCGUGCUCUACCGGCACCACCAGGCCCAAAUCGACCGGUACGGCAGCCUGCUGAGGAACCACCUGAGUCACCUCCGCGCCAGGAUCCAGGCCAAGCUCCCAAGUGCCAAAGCGAAGCCGCAGUGACCCCCCCCCUCCCCGGGGGCGUCACCCUGCUGGGGGGGGGGGGACACGACCGGGGGCUCCCCCCACCCCCCCCAACCCCCCUCUGUGGGGGGGUUCGCUCGGGGGGGGGGCGCGGGGGCCCCCCCUGCGCGGGGUUUACACUUUAAUAAAAACUCUUGUGACAAA